AUGUCGCACAUUUCGGCUAAUUCGGCGUUAAUUCCAAUAAAAUCUAUGAGCGCUCCCAAUAAAAAAGAACGUUACUUUGAAGGCAAGAUAUUUAAGAUCAAGAAACCACAAUCAAGCGAAAGUGUUCAGGUAAUAAAACUCAAUAAAGAUCUGACUAUAACUAGUCCCACGGAAAGUGAUGGGAAUCCAGAUGAAUAUCCCACAUCGGAGGAAGAAUUCCGUGAUGAAGGCGAGAGGAGUGACUCUCAAGAUGCUAUUACGAGUAUACGCGAAAGCCAGAUUAGCGUAUCCUCUGAUUCGGACCUCAGGAUGCGAUAUAACCUGCUCCACAGCCUCAGAAGAAUUCCCCAUUGGGACCAACUAAGUGCAACCACGAGCCUGGAUCCGAUUCAGUGGAAGGAAGAGAAGAAAGAAGAACAGAAAGCAGAGGAGGAGGACGAGGACCCCGGGAAGAUCCGGGAUCCAUUAGCUCGCAACUCCUCAGUCACUUCAGUUCAUAGCAUUGAACAAGCCGAAGAAGAAGAAGUUUCUACCCCAAAUGAACCCGAUGUUAUAAGUCUGCCUCUCAUUUCAUCUUCAGAACUGGAAUCCGAUGAUGACAGCCAAUGGGAAUUAGAAGGAACCCGAAUCGAAUCGAGUGUCGUACCUAUAUUUACCGAAAUUUCAUCAGGGUCCUGGUCUUCCCGGUCUUCUACUCAAGAACGCUCCCGUCUUCCUUUCCCCGUUGAUCACGUUGUCCAAGGCUAUUUGGAUGAAAUGAUUGAACAAGUUGUGGAUAUUAUCGAAAAUCCACUUAAUUUGCUGGCUAAAAGUCUGGAGAAGGGUAAGCUCAUGGAUCGUAUUAUCGAGGAAGUGGACGAUCUCACCUGGGAGAGGUACGAAAAUGAAUAUCUAAGCAAACGCCUGGUUGAACACCAUCUGCGCCGCUUCAAAUAUUCCCUGAUAACUCCGAGCAAAAUCUCCUCCAUUGACGAGUCCUAUCGACGGCGUUACCUGAGUGCCCUCGACGAACUGGACCACUGGCUGCAACGGAAACGGGAGGCUGAGGAAAUUCACCUGACGGAGAGGGAUCGACUUCUCGAGGAAAUAGAGCAGAUGCAAUCGCAAGACAAUGAGAGGGUCGAGGGAAUGGAGCAGAUUAUUAGAAGAACUCUUUUCCGCCACGCUCAAACAUCGGACCGCCUUAAACUCGUAACAGAGAACGCCCUGCAUCAAAUGAGAAAAAAACGGGAUGCUUUGUCUGAGACUCGACUGGUUUUAAUCAUAAAGCAGCAUAACAAUGCCUACAUUAUACAGAAACUCAAUGAAACGCAGACCAUUUCUGGGGAAGUAAAAAUGGAUACGUAUCUAUCAACUGAAACGAACGUUCAGCAGUUAGCCAACACUCUAAAUCAUAGAAACGCAGAACUUCAUCGAAUGUAUGGCCUGAUAAAAUCCAAAAUUCACACAAUUUCUCAUCUGAGAUGUCGGAGAAAGUUGCUUAGUCGAAAAUUUCGGGGGGCUAAAGGCGAGCUGCGAAAAAAACGGAAACAAGAAUUUGCUCUGCGAGAUAAAUUAUAUGCCAGCAACUUGGAGCACAACAAACUUAUUGCCAAAAUCAAGGAAGUUCGACUUAAAGGCGGCCUUAUGUCCUAUCCCAAGUUGCUAUUGGAUUUCGACGAAACAACGAAAUAUGUUCUGAUGAAGCGGGAUCGAGUACACGAAUUGAGGGAGCAGCAUGACAGUCUGGUUAGGAGAAUUGACAAGCUUGAAUUUAAGAUUCAAGGAUCUCAGCUUAGAUUGAGCCUUUCUGCCUCUGAAUAG